AUGGGUAAUCUAUCUACAUCAAAGGAGAAUCCUUAAUCUCUUAAAUAGAUAACAAGAACUUCGAAUUCAAGGAUUUCAAUAAGAGAUAAAUUGUUAAAAGAUAAUAAUGCUUUUAUGAAUUCAUGCACUGAAGCUUAUUUCAAUAAAUUCCAUAAGGUAAUGAAAAUAAUCAAAUAUUUAGAAAAUAGUAGAAAAUGACAUUAAAGAAUUGUGUAAAAAUUUGAAUUAGAAAAAGCUGUUUAUAAAUAAUAAUGGAAAGUAUCCAGAUGAUGCUGAAUAAUAAAUAAUUUAUAAGUAGAUUUCUAAUGAUAUGUAACAUAAGGGGAAGCAUCUCUAUAAUUAGCUUAUAUUACAUUAUAGUUAAUUUCUAAAUGAACUCUUUGAAUUUCAUGAAUAAUUACCAAUUAAAUCUAUUUCCUCAUAUAAUUAUGGAGAUGUAAAAACCAGUACAUAGCUUGUUAGAAAUAUUAGUUUCAAAAGAAGCUUCUCUGAGAAAAUUAAAGUUGAACAACCAUCAUUUUCAGAUAAAAAUCAUAUAAAACAAUCAAUUCAAAAUUAAAAUAUUGUUAAUCAAUUUCUUGAGAAUAAACAAUUGGCAUUCUUAUUUUUAGAAUAACUAAGUUGCAUUUUUAAACUUUGUUAAACUAUUAUUGAAUAUACAUAUGGAUCUUGUAUUUCCUCAAUAUUUGGUGAUGAUAUAGAUACUUUUACAGAUCGUUAAUUAUUAAUUACAAAGAUUUAUUAAAAAGAUAUUUUUAAAUUUAUUCCUUAACUAUCAAUAUUAUUAUCAAAUGCUUUACCAAUAGUUUAUAAUAAUAGAUCUGCCCUAAUUACCUAUGAUUUUAAGAUUGAAUAAAUGAAUGAAACUAAUAUGAGUGAAGAUUUCUAAGAUUCACAAGAAUAAACAAUAGAUGAGUAAUCAACAUCAUAUGAAAUAUAUUAGAAAACAUAGCCUUAUUUAAAAACCUUUAAUAUAAUAGAUAAUAUUAUUAAUUGUAAAAUGCCUUGGUUAAAAUUUAAAUUGAUAGGAAAAUUAGAGAAUAUGAUUGUGGAUAUGUUUUUAUCAUCUAGAUCAAAGAAUUAAGUUUCAAAUUUUAAAUAUAUCAUUCAAUCUGAAGAUUCUAAAAUUGAAGUGUUAAGAUGUAUAUUACAAAAAUAUAUGUGUUCAAGUGAAAAUUAAAAUUUAUUAUUAUGCUAUUAGUAUUUAAGAUGGAUGUAAGAAUAUGAUUCAGUUAUUCAUUAGAAAUUAAAAACCUUUACAUGUCCUUAUUUUGUUCGAUUUUUAUCAUUAUAUGAGGUAGCAUAUAAUUACUAUCAACGAAAAUAAGCUAUGCUUUUAUUUAAUUAAUGA